AUGUCAAUAACAACACAACAUUUCGAAAAUUUUAACAAUAACAACCACUCCUCACAAACCAAUGUGCAAAACACUGCUUCUAGUACCUCAACAAGUGGCAGCAGUCCAAGAAAUAACUCUCACAGAAUUAAUAGACAAUCAUUAGAAUCUAGAUGGAGACUCCGAGAACGUUCUAGAAGAUAUUCAGUUGCCUUGUCAACUAAUAGUGGUGGAAGUGCUAGUCCUCCAUCAACUUCAACAACUUCAACCUCUGCAGCCAAUAAUAAUAACAAUUCGAAUAAUGAUUCGUUUGUUUCUUCUCAAAGUUUUGGAUCCAAUGAAGAAACACAGCCACAACAGCAACAACAAUCAACACCAAGCUCUAGAAGUUCCUCACUCUUUGAUGCUUCCCAAAUUCAGAAAAACAUUAAAAAGAGAGGCAGUAGUUUGGGAGCUAAUUUCAUUUCUGGUCGAGAUAACAAGACGAAUAGUGUUGAUGGAGUGGUUUUUAAUGGAACUCAGAGAGAUACCUCUCUGUCACUUGCAGUAAUGGAUUCCUCAUUGGCUAAUGGUCCAGUUUCAAUGACCUAUGGUUCUGUUGAUGCAUUGAGAAAUAGAUUUUUGGACUUUGUGAAAUCUUGUGGAAGCCAAUCAAAACAUUUGAAGAAUCCACAAUUGGAUGAAGAGUUUGAGGUUAAAUUAUUGUUUAUGGACUAUUUCUAUGAUGGAAGUACUAGAAAACCAUCAAAAUUAUUGAAAGAUGUGCCAACUGUUUUGACCUUGUUGGAUGUUUACUGUCAUCAUUUGGUUUUUCAUUUUGAUGAUUGGCAUUCACUUCCAGAAAGUGAAGAUGAAUAUCCAUAUUUCAAACAUAUUGUGGAAACAGUCAUUCCUGAUAAGGAAAAGUUCAAAUGGAUGAAUCAUUCGAGAUUUGAACAAUUUUUAAUUGAAAAGUAUCAAGAUGCCAUCUCUAAGGAUUAUCCACCACUUCGUUCUGAUGAGAUUUUGUUGAAUCAACAAGAAACCAAGGAGAAGGAAUCAUCUUUUUCAACUACUACUGAGCAAACCAACAAUUCAUUGGAUAAUCUCCAUGCUAGACCAACCAUUAGUUUAUUACCUGAAAAUUCUUAUCAGGAAACUGAGGAAUUGAGAAGAGACAGUGUUGCCAGUGAUGAUUCAAGCACUUCUGAUAGUAAUGUAGUCAUUACUGAGAAUAGUUCCAACCCAAUUCCAAAACCAACGCACAGAGUUGGUGUUUUGGAGGAAAUUCACAUGUUAUGCGACAUGUUCUUCUAUGAAUUGGAAGAUUUAUUUGUUCUCUAUCAAGAAAAGAAUCAAAACUAUGUUCACAAAUGGGUUCAACUUGGUUUAAAGAAUGGAUCGAUUCCAACCUAUGUCAUUGAAGUGUACCGUAAGAAAUUGGAAUAUAACGAGAGUACGCAAUCUCAAUUCACAGUUGAUGCCAGUGAUUUUGUUUCACAACAUGUCAUUGAUAAGGAUUGGAAGUUUUUGAGAUAUAUGUGUAAGGAAUAUUCACCAGAUUGGUAUUGCUCUUACAAGGAUAUUGGAAAUGUUGUGCAGUGGACCACUAAGAGAGAUUACACAACCGAUAAUUUGAAAUUGAGAAACUCCAAAAUUGUUGGUUAUAUUAAUUUGCCAAUGGAGGAUGUUGUGAAAUCCUUCUCAUUUGAUCAUCAUUUUUCAUAUGCCUUUGAGAAUAUUGAAUUCCACAAUUAUCAUCCAAUCAAUGCUAGUAAUUCAUUGCACAAGUAUCCCUCUGCAACAGUUUCGGGUACAUUCAAUUUAAGUUCAGUCUUCUCAAAGAGAAGUAUAGAGCAAGUUAUUUCAUGUAGAUCAGUAUUUGUGGGUAACGAAUUGACUGAACACAUGAUAUUGUUCAAAUCAUGUGAUUUAUCACCAAACGAAAGUAGUAACUCCAAGAAGGGAAAGGUUAAAUUCAUGGGUCUUCGUCUCGUUUCUAAAAUUGAUAAUAACAGAACUAGAUAUUGUGAAUUGAGGUCGGGAAAUCUUGGGGGUGUUUUGAAUUCUUCCCUAAUUAUUAACAAUCCAAUAAUUAAUAAGAAAGUUGUAAAAGGAGUUCAUGGAGGAUUAAUUAAUGUAUUGAAACUUUUGAAGAAUAAUGGAUUUCCAUUCCCAGAUGAGAAGGAGAAUCACGUAGCUCGUGUUUGGAUUGAUUAUUGUAAACAGUAUUGCAAUGUUGAUGUGAAAUCUCUGUAUGGACAAUCAGCAGUAAGAACCAUUGAUUUAUCACAUAGCAAGACCAAGUACAGCAAUGAUGAUUCCUCUUCCUCAACAACAGAAACAACAUCAUCCAAUAAAUAA